AUGAAGGGAAAGUCUUUGGAGAAAAGAGGUCGAAAGAAGGGUUCAGGCAAGGCCGUGCCAAGUGAACAGGCUCCAUACAAGUACUCUAAUUAUAUUGUGGUAAGUUUUUUUUGGUUUUUAUUGAUUUUUAGGUAACAGUUCACUUGGACUUUAAAAAUAGGUAAAAUACGACUCCACUUUGAUUUCCAAUCUUAUCUUUCUAUACACACACAUUGCUACUUUUAUUCCUACUGUUACUGCUACUUUUUAACCUUAUUCUUACUCUUACUCUAAUGAUUGCUCCUACUCUUACCCUUAUUGCUAUCUCUGCCUUUCCCUCUACCACUACUCUUAUCUUUACUGUUAUUCCUACCUACACUCCGACCUCCACUCUUUGCUUUAUCUCUACAUCUAUCACUACUCUUAUCUUCUCCUACCCUUACUUUCACCCUUACUGUCAUCCCCUUAAUUCAAUUUCUAUUCUUAUCUUUACUCCUACCGCUGCUUUUAUCUUUACUCUUGCGCCUACUUCUACUUCAACCUCUACCCUUACCUUUAUUUCUACACCUAUCACUACUCUUAUCUUUACUUCUAUCUCUACCUUUACUCUUACUUCUACGUUUACCUCUAUUAUUACUCUUCUCUUUACUCAUCCCUACACAUAUCACUACUCUUACCUUUACCCUUACUGUUAACCCUAAUCCUGAUUCUACCUUGAUCUUUACCCCUACCACUGUUUUUAUCUUUACUCUUACUCUUACCCCUACAACAACCUCUGCCCUUACUUUUAUUGAUAGGCCUAUACCUACCGUUACGUGUACUCCUAUCCUUACCCUUACUUGUACGUCUAACUCUACCUUUACUUCUAUCUUCACUUCUACUCUUACCUUUAUCCUUAUCUUUACUUCUAUCAUUUGCUUUACCAUUACUUCUAUCCUUACUUCUACCCCUAGCGACAUCCUAGCUAACUUUCAACCCCCUACAUAUCAAUAUAAAACAAUAUAACUUUCAGGAGGACCACAUGUCCUCAGUCUAUGGCUGCAUGUUCAAUCCGUUUUUCGACGCCAAAGAUGGGUAUUACUUGGCUACGUGUGGUGCUAACCACAUUCAUCUCUAUUUUCUGGAAGCUAAUGGCAAGAAACCUGAGCUUCGACUACAUUUUCAGGAUGAUAAUGCAAGUUCUUUUUUGAUUUUUAUUGGUUUUUAGGUAACAUUUUUUCUGCUUUCUUUGAUUUUGGGAUUUGUUUGUGUUUGACCUACUAUAAUAUAGGUAGGAAUUUGAAGAUUUUGCUUAAAAUGAUUGUAUUUUUUGAGAUCUUGACUUUUUAUUGCUUUUACCUACUAUAAUAUAGGCUUUAGUCUCUAUCUACAACAAUAUAGGCUUGAGUUUCUACCUACUACAAUAUAAGUAACAAACCGUAGCGUUUUGGGCAAAACAAGUAAAAUAUUGAUAAACUGAGUAUGAUAAGGUAAUAUUUUUCAGAAAGACGAGAGUUUAUAUGCCUUAACCUGGGCUGUGGACGAAUUCCGAGAAAAGAUAGUGCUGAUUGUUGGUGGAGCAUCUGGAGUGAUGCGAGUCAUCGAUCCAAUGACAGAACAAACUCUUGGUGUAAGUUUCUUUAAGAUUUCUGUUUUUUAUGAUUUUAGGUAACAAAAUUAUCUGAGCUUAGGUUUUAGGUAAGAAAAGUUAGUUAAAAUGACAUUUUGAGGUAACAAAAUGAUCUAAAAUGACAUUUUUAGGUAACAAAAUGGCUUAAAAUGACAUUUUUAGGUAACAAAACGGUUUAAAAUGAAAUUUUUAGGUAACAAAAUGGUCUAAAAUGACAUUUUUAGGUAACAAAAUUUUCUAAAAUGACAUUUUUAGGUAGCAAAACGGUCUAAAAUGACAUUUUAGGUAACAAAACGGUCUAAAAUAAUCUUUUUAUGUAAAAAAACGGCCUAAAAUGACAUUUUUGAGUAACAAAGCUAUCAAAAAUUUAAGUUCAGGUAACAAUAAUACUUAAAUUAAUAUAAAAACUAUGUUUUUAGACCCUCCGAGGCCAUGGUGAUUCAGUAAAUGAAAUACGAACAUCAUGUGAGAAUACGAUGAUAGUAGCAUCAGCUUCGAAGGACAGAACGGCCAGGAUAUGGAACGUUGGUCUUCAACAUUGUCUAGCAAUCUAUGGUGGAUCUGAAGGGCAUCUUGAUGAAGUUAUUUCUUGUGUAAGUACCCUACCCCUACCUUUACCCCUACCCAUACCCCCACCCCUACCUCUACCCCUACCUCCACCCCUACCCCUACCUCUACCCCAACCCCUUCCCUUACCCCCUACCUCCUAUUCACUACCCUCUACCCCCUAUCUUCUACCCAGCACCGCCCACCCAGUACCCCCUAACCCUUACCCUGUACCCCCUACUCUCUACCCCUUAUUCCUUACCUCCGACCUCUCCCUCCCCACUACUCAAUACCUUCUACACCUUACUCUGUAACCCCUACUUUCUACCCUUACCUUUUACCCCCUACCCUAUCAUACCCUACUCCUACCGGUACUUGUACACCUAUUCUUACUGUUACCCCUGCCCUUACUGUUUCUCCCACCCCGACCUUUGUAUCUUUUCAGGACUUCCACAUAGACCAAACCUACCUCCUAACAGCCUCAAUGGAUCACACGAUGAAGGUAUGGGAUUGCAGGCCAGAAACCAAAGUAGGCCAGCGGAUAAAGGACAGUUAUGACGAGUCGAAGCGAGACGAAAUAGUCAAGCUAGCCUCGAUUGAGAACCAUUUCCCAUUGGCUAGUACCAAAGACGUGCAUACCAAUUAUGUGGACUGUGCCAGGUUUAUUGGCAAGUUUGUCAUUUCAAAGUCAUGCGAAGGCCAAAUGGUGGUCUGGAAGUUUGGACCGUUUAACAGUGGUCCAGCUGGUGAGGGCACAAUAUUGAGGACUGAGACCUAUUCGGCACAUCAUGCUUGGUUUGACAUUCCUGACACUUCGUUGUGGUUUAUCAAGUUUGACAUUAGCAGUGAUAACAAGGUAAGUAUGAGGGGUAGAACAAAUGUCAUCAAACUAAACAGGAAUAAGUAGGAAGGGUAAGGUACUAUAUGGUAGUGUAAAAUAGGGUAGGGUACGGUAGGUUAGGAUAGGGUAAGUUUGGGUGGAGAACGGUAGGGUAAGGUUUAGAAAUUCAUUACAGAAAGACUAAAGCCAAUACUUUUUUACCCUACCUAACCCUAUCCUCCCUUUUCCUACCAUACCCUACCUUAUUUUUCUUUAUUCAUCUUGAUCCUACCCUACAUUAUCCUGCUCUGCUAUGCCUUACCCUACUUUUUUCACUUUACCUAACACUGUCCUACUUUAUUUUGCCCUACCGUGAACUACCCUAUUCUUGUUUAAUCUACCUGACUCUACUGUUCCUUGCAGUAUUAGGCUCUACCCUACUCUUCUUUGCUCGACCUGUCCCUACCUUAUCUUAUCAUACCCUAAAUUUACGUUACUUUGUCUUAUUCUACCUUACUCUAUCCUACAGUAUACUAUUUAUUUUAAAUAUACUUGAAACUUACCGUACGCCCUACCCCAUUCCUUACUCUAUGUCAUGUCUUAUGCCUUACUUUACUCUCUAUUCUACUUUUUGCUAUGUCUUAUGUACCCUACCCAACCCUUUCUACCCUACCUUACACUCCCUAUGCAACACUUACUACCCUACCCUUUCCUAUUCCCUACCCUAUAUCUUACCCACCCUACUGUAAUAAUAUACCCAAAUACACCGUUUCUUUUUCAAAAUUUCAAUUUUCUUUUUCAGUACGUAGCAGUAGGCAAUGAGCAAGGUAAAAUCAAGCUCCUAGACCUACACCAAGUCAACCCUGACUGUGAUGACAUGACCUAUGUGCUGGGUGGUCCAGACAUGAAGACUUGCAAUAGACAGCUGGCAUUUAGUCCGGAUAACAGAAUACUAAUGGCCGCUUGUGAAGGCGGGCUUGUUGUGCGUUAUGAUAGGGUUUGA